AUGGGGUCUUGGCAGAUCUUGGCGCUGUGUGUGGUGCUGGUGCGUGCGAAGGACUGUGAGCAGGGUCAAGGAGCUUGCCCCAAAACCGGGGGUCUGGAUCUGGUUCAGGUACGCUCGGCUGUCGCAGCACAAGAGCUUAUCGACGCGGAAGGGCCGCCGCAUGAAGAGGAAUGCGAAAUCAGCAGCAUUGCAAAGGACUACUACUGGAAACCGCCAGAGCACGAGUUCAUCUGUCACCGCCGAGGCAAGCCAGACUUGGACUUGGAUGUGGGAACAGUCCAACACUUCCACCCGGUCACUGGUGACAACAUGACCAUCCGUGGCUACGCCUAUGGUCGAGCAAAGUUCAAGGUGGAGGAGUUCACCCCACGCGGCCGUGCCAAACCAAUGAGAGCCAGUUUCUUGCAAAGUGUGGCAGCCAGUGGUGUGGAGACUCGCACUGCGGCUGUGUUGAUGAUCCGCUUCUUGGAUGCGAGCGGGAACCUCAUCCCGUCCAGCAUGGACACGGCCGAGGAGCGCAAGAGCUUCGCCAUUGGAGUGAACAAUUCCCUGUACGGUAUCUUCGACCACGCGAGCCGAAAGACAAAUGCAGGGACCUGGCACGACUGCUCCUAUGGCAAGCUUCAGUUGCAGUUCGACACGGACCAAGCCGAGAAUGACUUGGCCAGUGAUGUUCCUGGAGAAGGCGCCGACAUCUUCUAUGCCGAUGUGCCAAUCGUGUGUGACACUGCCACCGAUUCCAACUGCCCGAGCAACUAUGACUCUACAAGCAGCUGCUCAAGCAGCGAGUACUACGGCUGGCCAAGGUACGCCUUCAAGAGUCGGCCAGAGCUUGUGAAGUCAAACUGGCAACAUUGGGUCGUGAUCUUUCCCCGGGAUAUCGUCAACUGCAACUUUGUUGGCUUGGGCAAUGUUGGCUGCUCCUCCAGCUAUUGUUAUUCAUGGAUUCCUCAUGACUACUCCACAAAGAUUCAAGACUACACACAUGAGCUCGGCCACAACCUCGGACUAGCACAUGCUGGCAUCGUUGGCGGCUCUGAAUAUGGUGACUACAGCUGCGCAAUGGGCUAUUGCUGCUCAGUGCGCUGCUACAACGCACCGCAUGCUUACGAGCUGGGAUGGAUCACACCAUCGCUUGAGCUCAACGAUGCCAACUUUCCAAGCAUUCUAACAGGUGUGCCGCUACGGUCCAUGUCUUUGCACAGCGAUGGGGCCAUCUCGAUUACGGUGGAUUGGGUCUCGCCAGCCGUGGUAUACUGGGUCCAGUUGAAGACAGCGCACCACUACGACACAUACAUGAAGUCGGCGUGGCGCAACAAUGUGCAAAUCAAGCAAUGGAACAAGGGAGGUUAUGAAAUUAGCUGGCACCUGAAGACCUUGGUGGAGGGUGAGAAUUGGACAUCAGAUGAUGGCGAAGUGACUGUGAGUGUGGAGAGCAUUGAUACCAUCACAACCAUGACAGCACUCCUCACCCUCAGCCGGGCAACAGCUGCCACAACAACGACUACCGCCCCUCCCACAACAACGACAACCGCCCCUCCCACAACAACGACAACCGCCGCUCCCACAACAACGACAACAGCUCCUCCCACAACAACGACAACAGCUCCUCCCACAACAACGACUUCCACCCCUCCCACAACAACGACUACGGCCCCUCCCACAACAACGACUACGGCCCCUCCCACAACAACGACUACCACCAGCACCACUACGACCACGACCACCACCGUCAGCACCAGCACUACUACAGUUGAUCUGUGUGCUGGUGUGACAUGCCAGGCAAGUGACGCCUGCCACAGUGCAGGGGUCUGCAAUCCUGCGACUGGGCUGUGCUCAAAUCCUCCCAAGCCUGAUGGGACCAGCUGCGAGGCUAGUGGCCCAUGUGACAUUGCCACAUGUCAAUCGGGGCAGUGUACAGUGACUUCACAGGAACCAGACUGCUGCGGCAACUCUUUGUGUGAAGCAGGGGAAGACUGCAAUUCCUGCAGUUCUGACUGUGAAAGUAAGACCGGAGGGGGGCCUCUGUGUGGCAACGGCAUUUGCGAGACUGCCGAUGGUGAAGACUGCCGCAACUGCCCUGCGGACUGCGCCGGCCGGACCAACGGAAAGAAAUCCCGCAGGUACUGCUGUGGCAGAGACGUCUCAUGCUCUGACUCUCGGUGCUCUGCAAGUCC